AGCAUACGUCGUUUUCCCAGCAUUCUGCCCGCAAAAACAUGUUGAGAUCUGCCUGCUUGAAACCAGCCCGGCUCGCGGCCGGGCUCCAGCGCUUCUCCACGUCACGUGCCCGUUCUGGUGCCCACGUGCCCGUGGCCGACGCAGACGCCUCCUCGGUCACCGGAAAGUUCAUUGACGACAUCACAAAGCCCUACACAGUCACCACCUACGCCCGUCCCAAUGUGGUCAUCACACGCGGAAAAGGCUCGUAUCUCUACGACCUCGAGGACCGCCAGUACGUGGACUUCACGGCCGGAAUCGCCGUCACGUGCUUGGGCCACAGCAACGACGAGGUCAGCCGCAUCAUCGCCAAGCAGGCCCAGACCUUGAUGCACUGCUCCAAUCUCUACUACAACGCGCCGGCGGGCGACUUGGCCAAUAAGCUUGUGCGCAAAACCAUUGAUGCCGGGGGAAUGGCGGAUGCGCAGCGGGUGUUCUUGUGCAACUCCGGGGCCGAGGCCAACGAGGCUGCGUUGAAGUUUGCCCGGCGGUACGGCAAGGCCAGCGGCGAAGAAAAGACCGAGAUCAUCUGCUUCAAAAACGGGUUCCACGGCAGAACCAUGGGCGCCUUGUCGGUGACCGCCAACCCCAAGUACCAGAUGCCCUUUGCGCCGUUGGUUCCCGGCGUGCACGUGGCCGACCCUGCGGACAUCGGCUCGGUGGAGGCCGUGAUCAGCCGUGCCCGGACCGCGGCUGUGAUCAUCGAGCCCAUCCAGGGCGAGGGUGGCGUGAACACCGUGGACCCGCAGUUCUUGGUGCAGUUGAGAAAGCUCUGCACCGACAACGACGCCGUGCUCAUCUACGACGAGAUCCAGUGUGGGCUUGGGCGCACGGGCCAGUUGUGGGCCCACUGCGCUUUGGGGCGCGACGCGCACCCGGACAUCGUGACCAUGGCCAAGGCCUUGGGCAACGGGUUCCCGAUCGGCGCGGUAUUGGUGGGCGACAAGAUCGAAAACGCGUUGCAGGUGGGGGACCACGGCACCACCUACGGGGGCAAUCCGCUCGGGGCCUCGGUGGGCUCGUAUGUGGUGGACCAGGUCAGCGACGGCGACUUCUUGGGGCACGUGGCCGUGGCCAGCAAGAAGUUCACGGACGGCUUGGCCAAGAUCCAGGCGCGCCACCCCGACAAGGUGAAGGCCGUCAAGGGCAGAGGGCUUUUGUUGGGCUUGCAGCUCCACGACCACGUCGACGCCGGGGCCAUCAUCCACAAGUGCAGGGAGUAUGGGUUGCUAGUGAUCACUGCGGGAGGCAACGUCAUCCGCUUGGUGCCUGCGUUGAACAUUCCGGAAGACGUCAUUGAGCAAGGCAUGGACAUCUUGGCGAAGGCGGUGGCCGAGGUCUAGUGCUGCGGGCACGUGGUGCUGACUUGGGGUAUGGUGGGGGUGGUUGCUCGAUGCUGUGGAGGCUAAUGUUUGCGUUUGUUGCAUGCUGGCGCACGCUGCCGUGCUUCUGUUUUCCUGCUCUUGGCCCAGGGUUCUUUCAAUUGCUCCGGGCACGUAAAUAGAUGGGGGCCGAUAUAUUUAAAAGACAUUUAUCUGGAGAAUUUACGCGUACAACAAGCCCAUGCCAUGACUCUAUCUAAAUCUACAAGCCCA